AUGAAAAAUAUUCCAAUAGCCAGAGCCGUAAGUAAUAAAAAAAAAUUGAACUUGAAAAUAUAGCAAAAUAUCGUCAAAGGGAAAUUUUUAAGUCAAUACUUUUCUGGAUUCAUAUGAAUUUAUUGUUGAAUAGCAAUAAUCUACGAAAGUAUGUGAUUGGUUUUUCUAACGUCAAUAUUUAUAAAUAUUAAUGCAGCGAAGUGGUAAUACGAACAUAACCUCAGUGUUUACGAGAAGAUAAAAGAUUGUUUUAAAUUCUUAUACAUUAUUGUCUUUGAGAAUAGGUUGAUGAUAUUAUGUUGUUGUGACUAAAGUUUUCUGCACAUCUUGCCUUUGUACUGCUAUGGAUGAUGACUGCAAGGAAUACAGGAAAAAUAAACCACAACAAAAGUUUUAUAAGCCUGGUAGUGGACCAUUAAGACGUUCAAGUUAUGGUUUAGAUACAAAAAUGGAUGUACAUGAUUCAGAUAAUAGCGGUAAAAGAUAUAGGUCGCACUAUGGAUCGCAGUAUUCUAUUAAUGAUGAUUUGAGUGAUGCACACAGUGAACAUUCUGUUUCUAAUAUUCGCCAUAAUAAUAGAAAACCUGAACAACAGCUUUACAUGCCUAGAUCAGGAGAUUCUGAAGUAGAUAAACAGUCUCGAACAUCCACCAGGUAUGAUAAUUCUAGUCAUUACAACAACAGAUCUAAUAAUACAGAUAAACAUGGCAUGAAUAGUGCUGGUUACAAUAGAGGAUCAAGAAGAGAUAGAACAUAUUAUGGAGACUACCACAAUAAGGCUGGAGGACAAAAUGACAUAAACUAUAACAGACCAUAUAGACAGCCUUCAGAAACUAGGUCUAUAUCACCUACUCACAGUGCUCAAGAUCAAAAAGUUCUAGAUAGAAAUCGGGACAGCAAAAGUAUGGAAACAUCAGCAGGGAGACACAUGUCCUCAUCUGGAGGGAAGCCCCCUUCUGGACGAAGAAACUCUGCUGGUUAUAUAUCAGACACAUCUAGACCUAAGUAUAUGGUUAAUUUAGACAAUAUACCUCCAAGAUUUAGGAAGAAAUUUUUAGAACAAUCAGCACACCACAGUGUUGAUAACAUGGAACAAGCUUGCAGAGAUAAGUCCUCAUCUAAUUACUCAUUGCAACCUGCUGCUACUGAUGACCAUGUCUACAAUUCAAACUCAAAUUGGUCUCAAACAUUACCCUCUAGAGGCAGAGGAAGGUUAAGAGACCAUGAAGGGUUUGAUAGGGACAAGUUUAUAAACACUUACCUAAAAACAUAUGAAAAACAGAAUUCAAGACAGUCUACUCCUAGCAGUUCAUAUAUCAAUUUGUAUGAGUUUAGUAACACAGAUCAAGGGUUUGUAAAGAAUAAACCCAAUCCAAUGAGUAGAAGUACAGAGAGUAAAAGUGAAUUUGAGAAUGCAGCACAACAAAAUGGAUUAAACAAUAUGAAAGUCCAAAUACCCUCUCAUAGUGACAAACAGAAUUAUAAACAAGACAUAGAAUGUGAACCUGACAAUGAAACAUCCCAGGUGUCUACUACAUUAUCAGACCUGACUAAUUUGGACUGGACAGAAGAAGUGGAAAAAAAUAUCCAACUAGAUGAUACAUGUGAUACAUCAACAAGUUUUUCCCAAAACUUAAAAAAAUCAAAUGCUGAAGAAUUGAAACCACAGGAGACAAAAGAAUCGAAGCGUAGUGGAAGGUCUAGGCGUAAAGACAGACGAAGCUCCAGUAGGGGUGUCAGAAAUGCUGAGAAGAAAGAAAGAAAUAGAAAGGACAGUACUGCUAGUGUGCAGCAUGACAUGGAGAGUACAAGAAAAGACAGCAAUGUCAGUUUGCAAAAUGAUCUUAUGUCAUUGAGUUUAAGACGAAGAGAAAGAGAAAGAAGAGACAGUUAUAGAAGCAAUCGUUCAUCCACUAUCGGUAACAGCAGAGACGACUUAGACCGGUGGCGCUCUUUACGCUCCUAUAGUAGAGAGCAGAGUACUGAAGGAAGAAUAAUGUCCCAAUGCAACAGUAGAGAUACAUCGCUCGGUCGAGCUCUCAGUCCGAGAGAUAACGACGGGUUUCGAGUUCCUUCCGCCGUCAAUAAACCGGCCGCUUGGUCGUCGAUGAGUCAGAAAAAUAGUGCACCAGGCAACGGGCGUACGUCUAGCGUGGAACGAGGUCGCCAGUCGCCGGCAACUGUGACCGCGACGGUGGCGAGCGGUGGCGCAGAAGGCGGCGGCGGGCGGCGUUCCAAGCGGCGCUCGGGUCGCCGCCGCGCCCGUGGGGCCGACCCGCCCGCGCACGCGCAGCCCGUCGCGCACGCAGCGCCCGCCGCGCACACCGCGCACACCGCGCCCGCCGCGCACGCCGCGCACGCCGCGCACGCCGCACCCGCCGCCGCGCACGCCGCGCCACUCAGCUGGCGAGAAGAGAUCAUCGAGUCCAAGAGACUCAGUGCGCAUGACAAGUAUCCAGAGAACCCUAGUCACCGUAAUGUCGCAAAUAGUAGUGCGUCCGAAAAAUCUGAGACUACUAAUCAUUACCCAGGACUAAUAAUGCUUCCACAGGGAUCUAUUACUCAUCUGCAAAAAGACUUGGGACGGGGCCAGGGAACGGAAAAUCAAAAAACAUUAUUUGAUCAUCAGAAUCCAUCCAAACCAAUCAUUGUGCAGACAAGUCCAACGAAAGUAGAUCUGAGAAUGGAACGAGGUAUGAAAGAGACGUCGAGUCGCAACACAAUGACGUACGACAGUAACGAGGCGGCGCGCGCGGCGCGGCACCGCUCGCUGCUGCAGGAGGUGGACCGCGCCGACGUCAUCCUGCAGGCGCACAUGCUCAAGGGACCCGUCGGGCUGGCGGACCACUGGAGCGACGUCACCGACACGAGAACAUUCUUACAAAAUGCACUCCAAAGACUAUUAAUGUCAGACCUGAAGUAUUGUCAAGCGGACAAUAUCGAGCACCAGUUUUGGAAAAUAUUAUACUAUAAUUUCAUUGAAAUUUUAAGAAAGAGUUUCCCUCAAUUAUCAGCUGAAGACAAACCGAAAAUAAUUAAUCUUAUAAAUAUUAUCAUAGAAGAAGGUAAUACGUUUUUUGAGAAUCUCGUCCAAAUGUUGGAGAAAGCUUAUAAAUUUAAUGUGGACGACUACCUUAACGAUAGUCAUGCCUUGCCGCCCAAAGGGCUUGGGUACGUUGGCCUCGCUCUCAUAUCGGUGCAAAAACUGUAUGUGUAUCUCGGCGACCUCGCCAGAUACAAAGAACAAGUGAACGAAACAAACAAUUAUGCUAAGAGUAAACUGUGGUACACUAAAGCUCAACAAAUCAACCCGAAGAAUGGAAGGCCAUACAACCAACUAGCGAUAUUAGCAAUAUACGCGAGAAGAAAAUUAGAUGCGGUUUACUACUACAUGAGAAGUUUAAUGUCUUCGAAUCCCCUCCAGUCAGCAAGAGAAAGUUUACAAUCGUUGUUCGACGAAAAUAGAAAAAAGUAUGAAGCUGCGGAGAGGAAGCGACGUGCGGUUGCCGAAGGCGGCCGCAGCGGGGAGGCGGAGCGCGCCGGAGCGGGCGCGGCGGGCGCGGCGGGCGCGGCGGGCGCGGGCGGCGAGGUGUGGCUGCGGCCCGGCGAGCGCCGCGCCGGCCGGGCGCCGCGCGCGCCGCACGACCCGCUCGCCAACAUGUCGUCUGUUGAGCUGAACAAGAAUUUUAUUACAAGUUAUUUACAUGUGCAUGGAAAACUUAUAACAAAAAUCGGUAUGGAAACGUUCUAUGAGUGUGCGAGUUUGAUGCUGCGGCAGUUCCGCGCGUUGUUACACCGCCAACCGCUGCCGAUGCCCGCGGCCAGGCUUCUGCAGUUGACUGCGCUAAACAUGUUUGCGGUGGAAACUACUGCUGCCCCACUUAAAGACGGAAGCGGCGGUGGCGAGCGAUCAGCGUGGCUGGAGUGCGCUCUGGGCGUGUCGCUGCUGAUGUUCGGCGCGCUGGUGGAGCGCUGCUGCGCGCUGCUGCCGGAGCCGCAGCACACGCAGCACCACGCCGACGCGCUCAUACUGCUGCCUGCUAUUAAGGUGUGGUCCGACUGGAUGUUAUGUCACAGUAGCAUAUGGAAUCCACCACCGACAUUCGACAAUUUUGAUACAGAAAGUGAAAACGACCCUUGGGAUUGGCUCGCCAAACUUAUGAAUAUUCUCGAAAAAUUAGACGACAAAUCAAUAGAUUUAGAAAAUGAACCAAAAGAAGGGUACGUGUGCGUGCGGCUGGGCGAGGACGCGUCGCUGGGCGGGUUCACGCCGCUCAUGUACAUGGAGCCGGGCGCCGCCUACUGCGCGCCCGCCGCGCCGCUGCAGCGCGCCGAGCACGCGCUGCGCACCAGGAAAUUGCUCUUCUUCGGCACCGAGUACCUGGUGGGCGUGGAGCCGCCGGUGCUGCGGCUGGAGUAUCCGGCGGAGGCGCCGCCGCGUUACGUCAGCGCAGUGCAGCGCGCACAACCCCACCACCCCCCACUGCGGAAUUUGACGGAAGCAUCGGAAGAGGAAGGCAGUGCGACCGAGACGGGCAGCUUCCCCGCCAGCAGCGACGUGCUGGAGUCGGCCGGCGCGGACGAGGCCACGCGCUCGCUGCUGCGGCGCAAGGAACAGCUCGAGACCAGGAAAGCGACCAUCGAACGUCAUCGACAACGAAUGCAGGAGAUUCUGCGCACGAGUUCUGUAGAUGUGGCUAUCGAGGUGCGUCCGCGAUGGUUGGUGCCCGACACGAACUGCUUCAUCGACCACCUGGUGCUGAUACGCGCCAUUGCCACAGCUCCCUCGCAGCCUUACACCCUCGCCGUGCCUCUUGUCGUUUUGACCGAGUUGGAGGGGUUGUGUAAAUGUUCCCGUGUGGGCGGCGCGGCUCGCGAGGCGCUGACGUGGCUGACGGGCGGUGCGGGCGGUGCGGGGGGCGCGGGGGGCGCGGGGGGCGCGGUGCGGCUCGCCACCACGCGCGGCUCGCUGCUCGCCUCGCGCGCCUUCACCGCCGAGCGCGACCACGAGCGCGCCACCAACGACGACCGCGUGCUCGCCACCGCGCUCAACUUGCACGCCAACGUGUCCGCCGAUGCCGGCGCGCGCGUGGAGGAGGGCGGCGGCGACUCGAGCGCGCGGCGCGAGGUGGUGCUGCUCACCGACGACCGCAACCUGCGCGUCAAGGCGCUCGCCGCCGACCUGCCCACGCGCGACCUGCCCUCCUUCGUGCAGUGGGCGGGCUUGCACCCAGACGACAUCAAGAAAUCGCAGUCGGUAGACGAUGACACCGCGAAAUGCAAAUGAUGCAACACGUGAUAUGUAUAAGUGAAAUAGCUCUCGGGUCAUGAUUUUCAUAACUAGUGAUGUGGAACGUGAGCGAUGGAAGUUAUUAAUAAGUAUAAGCACGGCGUCGUUAGCGGCGCUGGUCUCGAGCGGUGGCGAACGGCCGCGUCACGUCUAAUUACAUAGUAUAGGAUUUGAUUAGAGUAAGUAAAGUUAAUACACCAAUAGUUGGUUAAAAUAAAUGAAUUUGUUAAGCGCUAUAGGAUUCCACCUUCGUGUUCCUGGGCUAUUUUGUUAUUUUUACGAAUAUUUUUUUUACUAAGUAAGAUUUAGAUAAAUGAAAUUCAGUGUCACUGAACUAUUGUUUUUAUUUACGUUUUUUUAUAAUGUAUCAACUAUAUUUUUUAAUUUUUUGUAGGUAGGUAAUCAUAAUAAAGUAUGCAAGUCCCACGAGUGUCAACAUUUCGAGCACAGCUCUGAGGUCACGCAUAUUUCUUUCAACGACUUACCACAAACUGUGGUGACUAAGUUGUUUGCAUGCGAUUUAUUAAAAAAAAUGCUAAGUACAUGAUUGUAAAUUCUAGGUUUUUGUUAAUAUCCUCGUGCCAUUAGUUGUAUUUCAGUGGAAUGAAGGAUGUUAUGGUAAUAUAAUAUUAUAGUAGUUGGCUUUAUAAAUACAUUAAAAAAAAAGAAAUAAAAAAAGAAAAAUAUAUUUUUUUCUGUUAGAAAAUAUUGAAUCAUUAUUUUGUUAUGAUACAAAGUACAAAAAUGGACAUUUUGAUAGCACCGUGUUUUUCGAGUUUAUAUUGAAGUUACACGAUGAACACAUUUCCAUCACGGAUCCGUAUUAUAUUUCAAACGUUUAUCUCUUUAUAAUAUUAAAUAUUAUGCUGUAUUAUCGAAAUAUGUUUGUAAGCUUUUAAUUCCAAUAGUUUUAUAUUGAAUAACUCGCGUAGUGAAUAAUAUUGUGUUGCUGAAGGUUUUACUUAAAUUUUUACCUAUUACAAAAAUCUCAAAUAACGCAUGUCAGUAUGUAAUUCAUGAAUAUAAUUUUUAUUGAUAAAUGAGAAUAUUGUAUAAAUUGUAAUAAUUAUUGCGUCGUUAAUGUUUAUUAAAUCGUGUCCUCUAUUAUUUUUGAAACUUUCGUGAAGUUACUUUUGUCUUAAUCAUGACCUAUUAAAAUAAACUAUGAAUCACUUCAAAGACUAA